CACAUGCCUGCUACUCGGACUCUUCUACACGCCAUUGCAAUGCGUCGGGGUCGCGCGUUCCAAGGCCCUCUCGCCCUUCGACCCUCGGAUGCUGAGCAAUGAAUGGGAUAGAACAAGCUCCCAGCUUCUGGUGAAAUGGUGUCUCAAGCACGCGUCUCCUGGUCCCGCAUGUUGCGAGGCGAUUCGAUGCCCACACCCUAGAUUGAAGCUAUAUAUAGAGCUGCCCAAGAAAUCAUUCGCUCGUGGUAAUGGCCACCCCAACUAGUAUCCCUUUUUCCCAACAGCAGCAGUAUCGUCGCUCUGGUACAAAAGUCAACAUGCAGCUCCUCUCCGUCCUUCUCUUUGCUCUUGCUGCGGGCGCCACGCCUGUCAAGCGCGUCCAAGAGGUCGGCUGUGACGCAGAGCCAUGGUCCUCUGGCAAGCUGACGCUGUCUCCAAAUUCGGAGCUUGACCAAACGUGCAACAUGCACCUCUCCUUCAGCGGCGUCCGUAAUUCAUACGGUCACCAAGUGUUGACGAUUGCAGUGAAGGAAUCGCAAUAUGAAACAUUUGACUUCGUUCCCUGCAACAGCACCACGCUCGGCUGGUACAACGGCAUCUCCACGUCACCUGCCGGCAGCAUCAGGGCCGGCAUCUUGCGCUCGCACAACAACAGGAAGUACUGUGUGCGAGCCGAAGAGCUUUCUUCUUCGACACCCACUAAGUUCACUGCUCAUUCCUGCAACUACGAUGACGACUCGGGACAGGUCACCCAGUUCUGGCGUCUUACCACGUCAGCAGAGGGCGAGCGUCUCGAAUUCAUCAGUACGAGCAGCGACUCGUCCCUUCACCGGGUGUUUUCGUACAACGUGAUCACAAGCGAUGACUUUAAUGGUAGGAAGCGCCUUCAAGCUGACCCAAGCAAGCAGGAUGGAAGUUACUUGAGCUUCGAUCACUCUUGAUUCGACCGUGGUUACAUCCUGUGUUCCACCACAAUCCGCCCUGCGCAUGGAAUUGACGGGCAGCAACUGGACUGACUUAUAUUAUUGAAAUGGACAUGCCCAAGAAGAACAAUGGACCUGGCUUUUGACUGUUCUUGCUGCCAUUUCGACUCGUACCACGCCACUACCCUCUCUCACAGUUCGCAUUAUUGAAGCUCGAGCCCCCGGUGUCCGAAAGCGCGCCGCUCAUGCGCUCAUGCUGACAUAGGCUGCAUCACGUUGUGCGGCGCGCGCUACCCUCAUGUUAGUUCAUAGGUGGUAUCAACGAAAUAUAUACUCUUGUUUGCAC